CCCCCUCCUUCCACUUCACUCCCACUCCCAUCCCCAUCACCACCUUCCCCCUCGUCUCUCUCACUCUCUCCUCGCCAUGGCGCUCCACCUCUUCCUCCUCCUCCUCCUCGCGGCGAGCCUCGCCCUCGCCAAUGCCGCCCCGCCGCCCAACGACGAGGGCGCCACCACCAUCGUGCUCAAGGACGGCACCACCUGCAAGCUCUGCGCCUCCUGCGACAACCCCUGCAACCCCUCCUACUACCCGCCACCCCCGCCGCCGGUCGUCACCCCCACGCCGCAGUGCCCGCCGCCACCUUCCUACCCCUCCGGCGGAGGCGGUGGCGGAGGCGGAGGCACCGUCAUGUACACCUCGCCGCCACCUCCCUACAGCGGCGGUGGAGGCGGCAGCAGCACCGGCGGUGGAGGCAUCUACUACCCCCCGCCCACCGGUGGAGGCGGCGGCGGCGGUGGCGGCUGGCAGCAGGGCGGUGGAGGAGGCGGCGCCUACCCGACACCGCCGCCGCCCAACCCGUUCCUCCCCUACUUCCCAUUCUACUACUACAGCCCGCCGCCGCCGUUCUACUCCAGCGGCUCGUCUGUCGCCGGCGUGUCGGCCAUUUCGUCGGCGGCGGCGGCGACAUUCACGCUGCUCCUCACUGGGCUCCUACUGUGGUGAGAACUGAGAAUGGGAUAGAUCUGCUGAGUUAAACCUAUGUCUUUCUUUACACUAGGUGGGUAAUUUGAUUGUGGUUUCUGUAAUUUAAUUUUUUAUUUUUUAUUUUUUUUACUUCUCUCUCUUGGUGAUUUAUGUAUCGAUCAGGUAUAAGAAAAAAUUGUACCAAACUGUAAAACAUGGGCAAGUAAUAAGCACCAGUACAGUUGUACUACUACAAAUAGAUGGAUCUGCUGAUUAAAUUUUUUCGUGCCAAAGAAAUACUAUAUGUUCACUUUGGAUCA